AUGCUAGUGCCAUCCACAACUCACCUCAGUAUCACAGCAUUAUGUAGAGAGGGCCAAUUGAAGGAGGCACUGCACAUUCUUCUUACUACACACAACCCCCCUGAAGACUCCUUCACAUAUCUUCAGUUAUUGCAGACCUGUAUUCUCAAGAAUGCGCUUUCACAAGGGGUAAGGGUACACUCUUUCGUUGCUCACAGACGAUUUGCUUUUGCUGCGCGCACAACUUUUCAUAAUAAGCUUAUUAACAUGUAUGCUAAGUGCGGACGUUUGGUUGGUGCUCGUAAAGUGUUUGACAAUAUGAAAGAACGAGACAGCAUCUCAUGGAAUACGGUUAUUGCAGCAUACCGAAGACAUGGAAAUCUGGUCACAUGGAAUGCCAUGAUUGCUGGAUAUGCACAAACUGGAUAUAUUGAAGAGGCUUUAGAAACUUUCGAGCAAAUGCGAUUGGCAGGUUUAAAGGCGAAUUCCACAACCUUUUCCUGCAUCCUCACUGCUUGCGCCAAAAUGGGAGCUUUGGAACAGGACAUGUAUGCAAAAUGUGGAAGUAUAGAAAAGGCCCGUCUACUGUUUGACAAAAUGCCUCAAAGAGAUGUAAUUUCAUGGACUGCCAUGGUUGCUGGAUAUGCACAGCAUGGAUUUGUUGAAAAGGCUUUAGAAACCUUCAAGCAAAUGCGAUUGGCGGGUGUAAAGCCAGACUCCACAACCUUUGUGAGCAUCCUCCCAGCCUGUGCCAAAAUGGGAGCUUUGGAACAGGCCAUGCAGGUUUAG